AUGCCAGCCCGAACACCCCAUGACGAGCUAAUGAGCGACGAGCCGCACCACGAGUGUGGUUUUGCGCUGCUGCGUCUGCUGAAACCGCCGGAGUACUACGAGGAGAAGUAUGGCACUUGUUUCUUCGGGCUCAACCGGAUGUACAUGCUGAUGGAGAAGCAGCGUAAUCGCGGCCAGGACGGCUGCGGCGUCGCCAGCGUGAAGCUCGACGUAGCCCCUGGAACAAGUUACAUUCACUGCGAGAAGUCGGUGGAGCCCGACCCGAUCGCCGAUGUGUUCGGGCGGGUGCAGAAGAUGGCGAACGAGAAGAUGAAGAAAGCGCCAGCGGACGCACGGAUAGGCGGCGGCAGCUCUGGGGAGGGCGCCUCCCGCAUCGACCCACACUGGGUCAAGGAGAACGUCCCCUUCACCGGCGAGGUGCUCCUCGCGCACGUGCGUUAUGGCACCGACAGCGACAACACCAUCGAUCGGUGCCACCCUGUGGUGCGGGAGAGCAACUGGAUGACUAGGAAUCUGCUGCUCGCGGGGAACUUCAACAUCACCAACAACGAGGACCUCUUCCAGAGCCUUGUGCAGAUCGGGCAGCACCCGCUGGAGCUCUCGGACACGGUGAUGCUCCUAGAGAAGAUCGGCCAUUUCGUGGACAAGGAGAACAACGACAUGUACGUCAAGUACUCGGCCGCCGGCCAGGCGCCACGCACCUGCUUCAGCCUGAUCGCCGAGAACCUGAACGUGGCGCAGAUCCUGCGGCGCGCCUCCACCGACUGGGACGGCGGCUACUGCAUCGCGGGCGUCCUCGGGCACGGCGACGCGUUCUGCAUCCGGGACCCCAGCGGCAUCCGCCCGGCUUUCUACUUGGCGAACGACGAGAUCGUGGUCGUGGCCAGCGAGGCCCCGCUCAUCCAGACCGUCUUCAACGUCAAGGAGAGCGAUGUUCACCCGCUGCCUCCCGGGCAGGCGAUGGUGGUUAAGCGCAGCGGCCACUGGUCCUUGCAGCGGGUGCUGCCCCCGAAGGUGCUGAAGCAGUGCUCCUUCGAGCGCAUCUAUUUCUCUCGCGGCAAUGACUCUGGCGUGUAUAGGGAGCGCGAGAGCCUGGGGAGGCUGAUGCUUCCCGCACUCAUGAAGAAAUUGCAGGACGGCGGGGACUCGCUGCUGAACGCAGUACUUUCCUUCAUCCCGAACACCGCCGAGGUCGCUUAUCUUGGUCUGGUGAAAGAGGCUCAGGACGAGAUGGCGAGGCAGCGCGCGCAGGUCCUGCUUGAGCUGCAGGGCAAGAGCGGCGCAGACUUGGAGGCCGCCAUCGAGAAGACGAACGCGAUGCGCGUACGCACCGAGAAAGUGGUCCACAAGGACGCGAAGAUCAGGACCUUCAUCCAAGAGGAUAGCUCCCGGGAGAAAAUGACAAUGCAUGCCUAUGACGUCCACUACGGCACCGUGCGGCCAGGGGAGGACGUGCUGGUGGCGCUCGACGACUCGAUCGUGCGAGGAAACACCCUGAAAAACGCCAUCCUGCGCACGCUGGAUAGGCUGGGGCCCAAGCGCAUCAUCGUGCUGUCGAGCUGCCCACAGAUCCGCUAUCCUGACGUCUAUGGCAUCGACAUGGCCAAGAUGGGGGACCUGGCGGCCUUCAAGGCGGCCAUCACCCUGCUGCAGGAGAGUGGCAGGGGCGAGGUUAUCUCAGAUGUGUACCGGGAGUGCCGCAAGCAGCUUGGGCGGCCAGUGCAGAGCGGCGGAUUCACAAACCACGUGAAGCGCAUUUACGAACCUUUCACACCGGAGCAGAUCUCGGCGGAGAUCGUCAAGCAGGUCAGGCCCGACGGCUGCCGGGCGGAAAUCGACGUCCUCUACAACACAUUGAGCGCCCUGCACGAGGCCAUGCCCGAGCACUCUGGGGAUUGGUACUUUACCGGCGACUACCCCACCGACGGGGGCAUCAAGGUUUGCUCCCGCGCCUUCGUGCUUUGGAUGGAGGGCAGCAGCGCCAGGUGCUACGGAGUGAGCUCGGCAGCCGCCAUCGCGCUGUCCUCCGUGCUCGUCGUGGGCAAUAGCGGUAGCGAGCACGCCCUCGCCUGGAAGCUCAGCCAGUCUUACGAGGUGGGGCGCGUGUUCGUGGCGCCCGGCAACGCUGGCACGAACGGCAACCACUCGUGCGCGAACACGCCUGUGCAGCAGGACCAGACCUCGCCGUUGGUUCAGGUCGACAUCCCGUUCACGCCGCCGCACUUCGCGGAGGUCAAGGCGUUCUGCCGAGAGAACAGCGUUGCGCUUGUCGUCUUGGGCGCGGUCAGCGGGGGCCUCAACGAGGCCCAGCUCGCAAGCGAGGGCAUGGGGGACGUGCUGCGACAGGACGGCGUCAAGGUGUUCGGCCCUUCGGCGGCGGCUGGCGAGAUCGAGUCCUCGCAGGGCUUCAUGCAAGCCUUCGCCGAGCGACACGGUGUGCCUGUCCUCCAAGUUCCGCUGGAGUCAGUUGGGGAGGACUGGGCCCGCGGCUGUGAAGUCUCGGUUCUGGCGUUGUCUGACGGCUCGAGCCACCAGCUGUUGCCUUUCGCAGUGCAGGACCAUAAAUGGGCGCUGGACGACGACCGCGGCCUGCGCACUGAUGGCAUGGGCGCGUUCGUGCCUUCGCCGCUGGUCGGCCGCGACAUGCUCGAGCACAUCGAGCAGGAUGUGGUGAGGCCCGUGCUGGAGGGCCUGAAAAAGGAGGGGCGCCCGUUCGUCGGCUUCUUGCACACGGAGCUGGCGAUCGCGCCCACAGGCCCGAAGGUCCUGCGCUUCCGCUGCCGCAUGGGGGACCCAGUCGGGCAGGCUGCCCUGCGCCUCCUGGAGGGCGACCUCUACGGCACCCUCGCCGCCUGCGCGACCGGCCGCCUGGCAGAGACCAAGGUCGCCAUCCGCGAGAACACCAGCGUCGUGGCCGUCGUCAUGGCCAGCGGUGGCUACCCGGGCAUGUACCGCCGCGGGCAUCCCGUCACCGGCGUGGAGAGAGCGCUGUGCGUGCCUGGCACGACCGUGUUCCACUCGGGCACUGCAAUGCUCGGGGAGAGGGCGGUCCAGUCGCUGCGCCGGUCUUCCUCGGGCCCGCCUCAGGAGCGUCAGGCGUCAGGGCGCCUCGUGACGAGUAACGGCAGGGUGCUGACCGUUGUGUCGGUCGGACGUGGGCUGCACGAGGCCCGCGAGCGUGCCUACGUGGGCGUCAGAGCAAUCAGCUUUAACGACGCCUGGUACAGGAACGACGUCGCCGCGCUCGCGUCGACGUCGCCUGCCAUGCCCACCGCCCCGCAGACCAAGGACGCCGGUGCGGGUGGCGGCCUCACCUACCGCGCCGUGGGCGUGGACCGGUCCGCGUGUCAGGCCGCGGUGUCGAGCUUCGAGCCCCUGGCGCUGCGCACGGUGCGCUCGGACAGCGGGCAGGAGGCCGGCGCGCAGGUGGCGGGGCUGCGCGGAAAGGUGCACGAGGUCGCGAAGGAUGAGAUCCCCUACCUUCUGGUCAGCAGCUCCAGCGCAGUGGGCACCAAGCUCCGCCUGGCCUCCCGUCCCGAGCACUUCGACUGCCUGGGAAUUGAUCUCGUCGCGCUCUGCGCGAACGACGUGGCUGCGCGCGGGGCCGAGCCGCUCUUCUUCCACGAGCACAUCUCCACGAACAAGGUGGACGCCGAGCAGGCGAUGCAGAUGGUGAGGGGCGUCGCCGAGGGCUGCGUCGAGGCCGGCUGCACCCUUCUCGACGCCGGCGUGGCUGAGCUGCCGGGCAUCUUCGCCCCGAGCGGCGGCUCGGAUUUCGUCGGCUUCGCCGUCGGGCGCGCGGAGAGGGGCAGCCUCCUGCCCCGCCACGGCGCCAUGGAGGCCGGCGACGUCCUGAUCGCGCUGCCCUCGUCGGGUCUGCACAGCAAUGGCUUCUCCCUCGUCCGCUUCCUCAUCCGCGCCGCCAGGCUCGACUGCGGCCAGGCGGCGCCGUUCGACCCCACGCGCAGCCUCGGUGACGCGCUCCUGCGGCCAACUCGCAUUUACGUGAAGACCCUGCUGGCCCUGGCGCGCCAGGGGCUGCUCAAGGGCGCCGCGCCGGUGGCGUCCGGGGGCCUGCGGGGCUGCUGCGACGGCGUGCUUCCCGAGCACCUGAAGGCCAAGCUGAGGGCGGACGCCUGGGAGAUGCCGGCGGCGCAGCGCUGGCUCGCGGCCGUGGGGAGGAUAAAGGAGAACGAGUUGGCGUCGACGUUCAACUGCGGCAUCGGCAUGCUCUUGGUGGUAGCAGCCGCCGACAAGGAGCGCGCGCUGCAGAUGCUGGGCGACCUUCACGAAGAGCCCCUGGUCGUCGGCGAGCUCGGGCCUCGUAAGGCGGACUCGCUACCCCUUGAGAUCGAGGGCUCGGACCUUGCGUGGCUGAUGCUGCCCGAGCUCGGGGCGUCGCUGCCCUUCCCCGAGGUGCUGUCUUCUCUGCAGGACCCCUGGACGAUCUCCAGGAAGCAAGUCGUGGUGCUCGGCGGCCGGGAGGAGGUCUCGCCCCUUCAGGCGCUCGCGCAGGCCCUGGCGCUGCCCGCUUCCGCGGCCAGCCUGUCGGCCUUCGUGAGCCCGUACCCAGACAGCCCCUUGCUAGCGAACGCCAGGAACCUGGGCCUGCAGGCCAUCGUGCUGGGUGACGGGCAGUUCGCCCACACCGAGUUCUACUGCGAGGGCCUCGACUUCGACGCGGGCGCCGCGCCCAGGCCCGAGAGCGCGGGAGGCGGCCCAGCAUCUGGCACGGGCGCCGACGGCGUGGCGGUGGAUUUCUCGAGGCAGUUCGACGAGCUCAUGGCGUCCCUGACGCCGGACCUCGUAGUUGUGCUGGACGACGUCGACCAGACCCUGCUGACUCGUCAGCUGCUGCAGCGCUACGCGGGCAGGGUACUGGUGAUCCACGCGUCGCUGCUGCCGGCGUUCCCAGGCACGAACCCCAUCGAGGCCGCCGUGCGCGCGGGCGUGUGCAUCACUGGCUGCACCGUGUCCUUCGCAGCGCCGCCGUCCUCGCUAGGAGCCCAGUGCCGUCACGGGCCCAUGAUCCUCCAGGAGGCCAUCAAGGUGGUCGCCAACGACACGGCCUGCUCGCUGCGCGCGCGCCUGGUGGCGGAGUGUGAGGCCUCUGCGCUCUCCCGCGCAGUGCAGCUGGUUGCCUCCGGUUCCGUAGUGCUCCACAGUGAUGAAUCUGGCUACUCCCUGGGCAGGAGCGCCUCUUUCGCGGAGGCAGGCUCUUGCGAAAUGCUGGACGGAGACAACAUGCAGUCGUGCUGA